AGACCCCAUCAUCAUUGCUGUAGCCGUUGGUUUUGUAGUAUCCUAAUUGGCGUUAUGGAGAAGAAAGAGAACCAAGGGUUCACGGUUUAGUCACUACAAACGUCUUCGUUCGGCAGCUUAGUCAGACCAAAAGCCUGGUCUUCUCGAUUGACUUAUAGAUUUUUUACAUUGUCUCGUGGGGGAAAAGCAACGGGCGAAACUUAAGAUGAACAGAAUAACAGGAAAGACGAAAGAAGCCACUCUAAUAGAAAUGUCUAACACGUUGGAUUCCCAAACUGAAGAUGGCUGUGCCGUUCUGACGGGCUACCGGAGGAUCUUUCAGGCAGAUAAUGGAAACCUUUCUGCACGAGGAACACAGCUGCCUGGUCACAGAGAGAUUGACAAGUUUGAGCAGAACCGGGACUCUGUGUACUUUAGGGAUGGUGUACGUCGCAUUGAUUUUGUCCUGUCUUACGUUGAUGACAAGGAUGGAGACAAGAAAGCGGAGAGAAGAAGAGAAUUUGAAGCCAACCUGGAGAAAACUGGACUGGAGCUGGAGACCGAAGAUAAAUUGGAAUCUGAUGACCAUAAGACGUAUUACCUGAAGAUUCAUGCUCCUUGGGAGGUUUUGGCCACUUAUGCUGACGUACUAAAGGUCAAAGUGCCCUUUAAAUUAAGCGACAUUCCCCAACCGCGAGAAGUUCCAUUGGAAUGGUUGACGCGUCCUUUCCGGGUACCGGAGAACAUCAUGAGACCCGAACCGGACUAUUUCACUGCCCCUUUUGACAAGAGCAAAAUCGACUUCUUCCUUAUUAACGAUAAGGAGACUUUGUUUCCUCCUUCCACCCGCAACAGAAUAGUGUACUACAUCCUCACCCGCUGCCCUUACUACAAGGAAAACCGUAUAGAGAGGGAUAAGACAGGAAUCAAACGACUGCUGAACAAUGGCACCUACACCUCAGCCUACCCCCUUCAUGAUUGUCGGUAUUGGAAGAAAUCGCAAGACAUGCAGUGUGAGAGCGAGCGAUAUCACCUGUAUAAGAACUGGGCUCGAUUCCUCUGCUUUUACAAGGAGCAACCGCUCAACCUGAUCAAGAAAUACUAUGGUGAGAAAAUUGGUAUCUACUUCGCCUGGCUGGGCUUUUACACAGAAAUGCUGUUUUUUGCUGCAGUCAUGGGGUUGAUCUGCUUCGUUUAUGGUGUGCUGAGUUACGAUGACAAUAUCACAAGUAAGGAGAUCUGUGACCCAAACAUUGGUGGGGAGAUUGUCAUGUGUCCACUCUGUGAUAAAAAGUGCAGCUACUGGAAACUCAAUUCAACUUGUCUGUCAUCAUGGCAAUCUCAUCUAUUUGAUAAUGAAGGGACGGUGUUCUUUGCCAUGUUCAUGGGCAUUUGGGUGACCCUGUUCCUCGAGUUCUGGAAGCGGCGACAGGCUCGUCUGGAGUACGAAUGGGACCUUGUUGACUUUGAGGAGGAACAGCAGCAGCUACAGAUCAGGCCAGAGUUUGAGUUAAAGUGCACACACCACAGACCCAACCGCAUCACGCAGGAAAAGGAGCCUUAUCUUCCUUUUGCCAGCAAGUGUGCCCGAUUCUGCCUGUCUGGAGCAACUGUUCUCUUCUGGACUCUUCUGAUUGUGGCCUGUAUAAUGGGAGUGAUCGCUUACAGAUUAGCAGUCUAUGCAGCGUUUGCCAGUCUCAUGAAGGACAGCCCCACCAGUAAGAUCCAGCUGGUUGGCUCUCUCAUCACCCCUCAGCUCGCCACAUCCGUCACCGCUUCCUGCAUCAACUUCGCCAUCAUUCUCAUCCUGAACUUCCUUUAUGAGCAUGUGGCCAUUUGGAUCACUGAUAUGGAAAUUCCCAAGACCCAUUUGGAGUAUGAGAACAAGCUGACUACGAAGAUGUUUAUGUUCCAGUUUGUGAACUACUACUCUUCCUGUUUCUAUGUGGCCUUUUUUAAAGGAAAGUUUGUGGGUCAUCCGGGGAAUUACAGUUAUAUGUUCGGAAAGUGGAGUGGCCUGAGAAAUGAAGAGUGUGCCCCUGGAGGUUGUCUGAUUGAGCUCACCACACAGCUGGUUAUCGUCAUGGCUGGAAAACAAAUGGUUGGGAAUGUCCAAGAGGCUCUGCUGCCACUUCUCAGAAACUGGUGGGGUAGCAGGAAAGGGCGGAAUCAUCCGGAAUCUACAUACAGUCGAUGGGAGCAGGAUCAUGAUCUGCAGAACUUCAGCCAGUUUGGGCUCUUCUAUGAGUAUCUGGAGAUGGUGAUCCAGUUUGGUUUCAUAACACUUUUUGUGGCCUCUUUUCCACUGGCCCCUCUUCUUGCUCUCUUUAACAACAUCCUGGAGGUCCGAGUAGAUGCUUGGAAGUUUACCACACAGUUUCAAAGGCCAGUGGCAGCAAAAGCACGCAACAUUGGAGCCUGGGAGGAAAUUCUUAACGUGGUGGCCAUCUUGUCAGUGGUCACAAAUGCCUUCAUUGUUGCUUUCACUUCGGAUAUGAUUCCUCGUCUGGUGUAUUUGUACACUCGCCCAGGCCAGGCCUCUAUGGAAGGUUACAUUGCCAACAGCCUCUCCUUAUACAACAUCUCUCAGAUCCAUAUUGAUAACCUGCCGGAGCAUGGAGAAAACCCAUCCUGGUAUAACAGCUCUACUAUCACUACAUGCAGGUAUCGGGACUACAGACACCCACCCGGCCAUGAAAAGCAGUACACACACACAAUGCAGUUCUGGCACAUCUUGGCUGCUAAGCUAGCCUUCAUCAUUAUUAUGGAACACGUCGUUUUUGUGGUGAAGUUUUUCGUGGCAUGGCUGAUUCCAGAUGUUCCAUCCGAAGUAAAGGCCCGUAUAAAACGUGAACGCUAUCUGGUUCAGGAAUACUUGCACAACUACGAAGUGGAGAAACUCAAGAUGCAGCUCAGUCAGAGCUACAGCCUGUCCACAGAAACUGCCUCACUGCUGCCCUUGAGUCCAAAUAAACACAAGGUGCUGCCUGAACACGUUUAAAUAGCACUAAGCUCUCAGGACUACUCAAUAUACUCUACUAUGUAAAGCAUGGAGGAAUUAAAUCCUUUUAACCCCUUGAUACAAUUAUUGCUAAGAGGAAAGCUGCCUGCUCUUAACUGCCAGAACUACCCCCCCCCC